AUGGAGGUUUUAAAACUAGGGUUUGCAUUAGUUGCCAUUAGUUGCAUUUCUUAUUACGUACUAAUACCUGUCGGGGCCAAAAACUUUGACCCGCACCAUGUUCGUCCUGAUACUCCUACCGAACAACCAAUACCAGAUAGUCCAACUUUGGGUCAUGCACAUCAUCAACAUCAUAAUGGUCAUAAUGGGCAUAACGGACAUAACGGACACAACGGUAACAACGGUCAUCAUGGACAUAACGGACAGAACGGACAUCAUGGACAAAAUGGGCAUCAUGGACAAAACGGUCAUAAUGGACAUAAUGGUCACAAUGGACACAAUGGACAUAAUGGACAUAAUGGACAUAAUCAUGGUCAUUACUAGAUUCUUCCAUAAUUUACCAAUGUUAAAGCAAUUUUAGUAUUUUUGUAUAAUUUUAAAUCAUUUUGAUUAAAAUGGUGUUAUACACUCACGGACAAAAAUAUUGAAUGUUUUGAAAAUAACGUGCGAAAUAAAAUAUUUUGUGCUGCUCCCCGGUGUCAUAGAAAUAUGAUUUCUUUUCCUAAUGCUACAUUUUAAUGUAUCAUAUACAUGGUAUAAUCGGAUUUAAAUUUAAUAUGGGCUAUAUGGUGGCCAAUACAAUUUUUAAUUGAAUAUCAUCAAGGUAAGUAUUCACUAUUCUACAGACAUGAAGACCUGCGUCAUGGUGCACUAACAUGAAUUUGUUAUCCAAAAUGGUCGGCAAGUGGCAAAACAUGAUCUUCUAAAAUGUGUUUAUGUACAUAUCAGCUGUCAUUCACUCAAUCACCUCCACAAGUUCGGUAUCUCCUUUCCAAGAAAUACCACUCAUAGCACUAUGCCGCCACCACCAAAAUUAACACUGUGUAUGAGGUUACAUCUGGCAUACCGUGCAAGAUUUACAAAACUUCGUCUACAAAAGAGUUGGCAAAUAGUAUGUCAGUUGUAACCUCAUACAGAGCGUUAGUUUUGGUGGUGGCGGCAUAGUACUACGGAGCGGUAUUGCUUUGAAAGGACAUACCGAACACGUGAAAGUGAUUAGGCGAAUGCCAACUGAUGUGUACAUAGAAAACAUUUUAGAAGAUUAUGUUUUGCCAUUUGAAAAUCAUACUGGAUAUAAUAUA